GCCAAAGAGCCGCGAGGGGAGUGGCCAAAGAGCCGCGAGGGGAGUGGCCAAAGAGCCAAGAGCCGCGAGGGGAGUGGCCAAAGAGCCGCGAGGGGGGUGGUCAAAGAGCCAAGAGGGGAGUGGCCAAAGAGCCGCCGCAUGCUCCGGAGCCGCAGGUGGCCGACCCCAUCGGGCCAUGGACAUUCAUUUCUCUCGUCAUCGUCAUUUCUCUCUCUCGUCAUCGUCAUUUAUCUCGUCGUCGUCAUUUCUCUCGUCGUCGUCAUUUCUCUCGUCGUCAUUUCCCCGCACAGCCCAAGUCACGAGACUUGGGCUCCGACCUGCCACUUGCGUGCAGCGCAGCGCGGGUGCUAGUGGGUAUUUCCCAGCCGUUAUAAAUAGAAAUCCCUGCCCCCCGGGGGCCUACGUUGCCAAAAUCGGUCUGCGUCUCUGUAUAACCCCAAAGUUGCGCAACGUCGGGUCGGAGGGAGGCGGUGGGAAAUAACCCCACGGCGCGAGCUGCCGAGAAAAUGAUCUUCCGCUUGUCCAGGCACGGACGUACGUACACCUCGUGUCGCAAUCCACUGCUCGAUGAAGAUGCCCCCCUCCUCCCCUCGCCAUAAGCAUGCCAACGUUUGGGGUUUGUCAGGGUGGCAUCCGAUUGACGCCGUUGCACCAACGCCGGCCCUGACGUUCAAUGUUAAAUGGGGAUUAAUUAAGCUCGUGCGGGGCCUGUAGCUUAUGUUAUCAAGGGGGGGUCCCUAAUUUUUUUUUUUAAACUUAAAUAUUAAAACAAUGUUUUUUAACUUGCACAGUACAGUAAUUGUUUUUUUUCAUUUACUAUGCAGCCAGAUAAUACGACAAAUCGCUAACCUUACACCGAAAUAGUUCGGGAGCUGCCACACACACAGCCACCUGUUACACAGCACAGCAACAGGUCGUUCAUAAGGCAGUAUAGUACUGUAGUAAUAGAGCAAGUGCACAAUCACUGAACCGGAAUUGAACGCAUUUAGCUGCGGGGUCCCGUAGCAUUUGCUACUGUUUGCUGCUACUCGGAUAAUCCUGUGCUGUGUGUAAGGAUGUUGAACUUCUUUCGCACCGUGCGUAGCAUCAACCGCGGCAAUCGGAGGUGCAUUCAUCGCAAUGGGAGGUGCAUUCAUCGCAAUGGGAGGUGCAUUCAUCGCAAUGGGAGGUGCAUUCAUUGCAAUGGGAGGUGCAUUCAUUGCAAUCGCAAUGCAGCAGUGGGGUGGGGGUUGUUUUUCGGCACUGCGCUCUUCGCUGGCCACAACGCAACAGCGGCAGGAGGCAUCGCCAGUGCGCGGCUUAUAGGGUUGCAGGACCGUGUCGCCAAACACGUUAAAAGUUAAAUAAAAACAUCGGUCAGCAGUGUGUGGGAGGGGGCAUUGUUGCGCGGUGUCACUGGCCUCAGCGUCACUGGAUUCCUGAGCUCGUCGGUUCGAUUCGCAUCGAUCUCCGGGCGCGGCAGGACGAAUGGGUUCCGAUGCGGCGGGGUAAAACAUGUGGGUUGUGCUCACAUAGCUAUCCUGCUCAGACGUCUGGGCCAGGGUGGAAGAGUAGGCCAAAAAUGACCACUUAAGAGUGGCUGCAUCUUCCACUAGCAGUGGCGUGAGCCCAGCCAUUGAAGCGUUGAUGGCCAAAGAUAGAGAGAUGUAGCGAACAGUGUAAGUUGGUGGCUUUCUUUGGUGGACACGGGCGUCUGGUACAUAACAAACAAAAACCCGACAGAUGAACAAGGAAACAGACUUGCGCGUGAAACCGGUUUGGUGGAGUUUGUGGCUCGGAGCCGAAGCGAUGAAAUCCAAAACCACCCUCGGAUGAGGAAGUUCCCGUCGCCGGUGACGCUUUCGCGUUCGGUUUGGAAGGCAAAGUGUCGCCAAAGUCCACCUCGGACGUCGCUUGGCACUGUCACAAAGUCCACGAUUGCAGCGCUAGUCAACUCAACCAGCACCACCACCACCCCACCACCACCCGGACCCCAAGGGACCUAGAGUGGAACCUAUGAAGACGGAGUGUCUCUUGUCUCCUCAACUCGUACACGUCGCCGCCCGCGUCGUGUGUAGAGAGAACAGCUGACGACGGCGAUACGCGGCGUGCUUGAGAGCUCCGGCGAGGAUGCAGCUCUCCGAGAACUUCACGUGGUCGCUGACGGACGUUCUGGGACGAGGCUCCACGGGAUGCGUUUACCAUGGGCGCCAUCGCACGACGGGAGCGCCCUCGGCCAUCAAGGUGCUGAGCGUGGACGGCAUGCGGCGCCCCCCGGAGCUGCAGGAGCGGGAGAGCCGGGUCCUGGCCGAGCUCGACCACCCCAACAUCGUUCGUCUCCUCGCCGUCGAAGAGGAGAGCGUGACGCGGCACCGUGUGGUCGUGAUGGAGGUGUGCUCCGGCGGGAGCCUCCACUCCAUCCUCAACGAGCCCGAGAAUGCCUACGGGCUGUCCGAGGACGACUUCCUGCAGGUGCUCAGUGAUGUCGUGGCGGGGAUGAACCACCUCCGCGAGAAGGGCAUCGUCCACCGAGACCUGAAGCCCGGCAACAUCAUGCGAGCGUUCCGCGCCGACGGCAAGGCCACCUACAAGCUCACCGACUUCGACACGGCGCGCUGGCUGGAGGACGGCGAGCAGUUCGUGUCGCUGUGCGGCACGGAGGAGUACCUGCACCCGGACAUGUACGCACGCGCCGUGCUGCGGACGUCACAGCCGCGCGCGUACCACGCCACCGUGGACCUGUGGAGCAUCGGCGUGACGAUCUACCAUGUGGCCACGGGCUGCCUGCCGUUCCGCCCGCACGCCGGCCCGCGACGCGACCAGAAGCUCAUGCAUCAGAUCACGACAAGGAAGCCGAAGGGCGCCAUCUCGGGUGUGCAGGAGCAAGCGAACGAGAAGAUCACGUGGAGCGACACGCUGCCCUCCUCCUGCCUGCUCUCCGAGUGCUUGAAGUCUCUGCUGGUGCCGAUCCUGGCCAACGUUCUUGAGGCCGACCCGAGGCAGUGCUGGAGUUUCGAGCAGUUCUUUGCGGCGACCAAGGACCUGCUGCAGCGAGAGCUCCUCCACGUCUACAGCCUGCCGCAGCACACGCUGCACCGCGUGUACUACCGCGCCCACGACACGUGGGCCCAGCUGCAGGAGCUCCUCUCGGGCCUCACGGGGGUGACCCCUGACCUCCAGCUGUUCUUCAACGAGGGGCGUCCACUGGCGGCGGCGGUGGCGUCGGCGGCGGCUGCCGGGGGCCACCUCCCGGCCACGACCCCGCACGACCCCGUGGUGCUCGCGUCCGCGGGGACUGGGCAAGCGCAGGCCGCCGCUCUCCGGCAGAUCGAGCUCCACAUCCCCACUUUCAGCCGCAACACGGACAUGCUGCAGGACGUCCACACGGCACAGGACGCGGCGAGCGCCGCGAUCCAGAUCCACCGUCUCUCCGACCGCGUUGUGCAGGAGCAGGUGGUCGCGCGCAGGGCAGCGUCGUGGAUCCGCUCCGAGUUCGAGGACGACACGAGGACGGCGCUGCAGCGGCUGGGCGAGGUGAAGGUGAGACGCGACGCCGCUGUGGACUUGCUGCACAAGACCAGCAGGCUGUGCACGCUAGCGACGAGGCACGAGCAGCUCGCGUCCGCUCCGGGCUGCGUCGCCGAGGUUGAAGCGGCCGUCCGCUCGGCGUGCGGGCGUCUGGAGGAGCUGGAGGGCCGCUUGAUGGAGGUGGAUGCAUCGUGCGCCCCGGGGGGCGACCUCUCGGCCAGCUGGUGCCAGUCCGUGGGCUUCCAGCUGAGCGACUGCUCCGUGGAGCGACUGGCCGUUCUCGCCAAGCUGUCUCUCGACACCCUAGUUCAGUUCGACCGGGACCUGCAGCAACGCAGUGAGUGAUGACGCAACGGUUUACAACGAAUGAUUGAUUUCUCCUCCCCUGGUGUUAUCCCAAACGUGCAAUCGAUGUCACGAGAUGGAAGAAGUCCACGUCGGGGACCGUUGCAGAGAGAGUGCAGCCCAUCCGCGUUAGAGUAUUGUGUUCGCAGCCGACUGGCGGACGGACCCGACAGAUAAACCGAAUCGUUAGGACGAUGGCGGUGUUUGUGACAUUUGGUUUUAUUUCGUGAAAUCAAGCCCUUGGUAUUUUAAGCUCCCGUACGAUGUGGCGCAGCGUCGCCCCAUGUUAGAGAAACAGCCUGUGGAUGAUGGUGGAGCGCGGCACUAUCGCCGAAGGUGCCUUUUAAUCGAAGGUCAGAAAAAUAACCAAACUCAUUAAAACACACGUGUACCUUCUGCAGUUUUGUAAAUGAACUUGACGGUAGCGUGUGUGUGUGUGUAGGUCGACUCGGCCUCAAAUUAGUACCUGGUGCCUAAACACUACACCACUAGGGAAACAAAGGCGGCCGGGCAUGGUACUAGCCACCGACCCCCUCGUAUGCCAUUCCGGCCUUCAUAGGUGCUUGCUUACAGCACUUGAUCGUACAGUCUAUUAAGAAUAUAUAUGGGGGAUCUUUGUCUUUGGGGAGCGGUUAGUGCAGCGGUUA